UUUAAUGUGCUCUGGUUAAGGUUAGGGUAGUCUCGCUUUGCAAGACCCUCCUCCAAAGCGUGAGGGUUAGGGUAAGAAUGUCAGGUUAAUCCAAUCAGACGCAGCGUUGGGCUUCGCCAUCCUAGUAUUUUCUUUCCUUUGUUUGCAGGUAGAUCCUAAAUCGGAUCUGCUAGAAUGGUCGACGUAGUUAUGUUUAGGCAUGGAGAGUGGGGAUUGGUUAGGGUUAGGGUAAGAAUACCAGGGUAAGCCAAUCAGAGGCAGAAUAAGGUAGAAUAAGACGGGCCACGAGGCACGUCCUUUAACGUUGACACGUCUACCGGAUCCGAUCUAGCAUCCACAAUGCUGCUAGCGGGUAGAAGGUGGCUUAUAUAUUAGCUUCCGUGGCACUAGGUGGCGCCAUACUCAUGUCUUGUUUGCGGAAGUGUCCUUCAUCAAUCACUCCACCAGCAACGAGUAAACAGACCUGCAGGAUGUCGCAAGGAGCUAAGUUUAAGCCUUAAAUGUUAGGUUAUGUAAACUACUAGACUGUGAUACAGAAGCUCACGUUGGAUAAUUCCUAGACGUAGAAAGUGAUUGGAAACAGCAUACCGAACAUUAAAGCUUUUGUAACAUUUCAAUGGCAGCUGAGAGGCUGCCGAAUGCGAUCAUGGAUGUGCUACGUUCAGUUAGCAUGCUAAGCUAAGUGCUAGCCACGGCUAUCUUCAGCUGGUUUUUGGAGCUCCACCGGACAUGGCAGCUGGAGCAGGAGCCGCUUCUGGCGGCUCUCUAGAGUCUACUUUAGAGAAGAAGUUUCGAGGUGUUUCCAACACGAUGGAUUCAAUUCAAGCACUGUCAACGUGGUGCAUCGACAACAAGAAGUACCACAGCCUGAUUGUGCGACACUGGAUGAAGUGUUUGAGGAAAUCUGAUACUUCACACAGGCUCAACCUUUUUUACGUCGCCAACGAUGUCAUUCAGAACUGUAAAAGAAAAAAUGCCAUUGUUUAUCGCACGGCGUUCGCCGAGAUGCUCCCUGACGCCUUCUUGCUGGUCAACAAUGAUGGCGACCCUAAGGUAAUUAAAUCGGUGGAGAGGAUACUGUCCAUCUGGGAGGACAGGGGUGUGUAUUCAGGGGCGCUCAUUACUGAGCUUAAGAGUACCUUAGUUAAAGAGGAGUCCCCUCCUGAGACACCCGUGGAGCAAAAAACUCCAGUCGAGUCUAAAGCAGACCUACAGUCCAAGGUUGUGGCUGAGUUUGUGCCCCAGGCACUAUUUGACGAACUGUCCAAGUACAAGAAAUCUCUGGAGGAGUUGGACCUGAGAGAAAAACAGCUGGCAGCUAUGAGGGUUGACAUCUGCAGUUCUGAUGCCCUCAAGAGACUCAAAGAUAAGGCUGGAGGAAAGAAAUUCUCCAAGGACUUUGAGGAAGGAAGUGCGCAACUACAGGAGUUUGUCAAGUUCUUUGACAAACAAAUCAAAACAGGGCCUCCUCUCAUGGAGGCUCUCAGCAACGCAGAUAUCUUCUACGAGAUGCAGUACAAGGAGGUCAAGAUUGUUGCUAAUGCCUACCAGACGUUUGCCAACCGGGUGUCCCACCUAAAACGUAAAUUGGACACCCUGAAGGCCACCUUGCCAGACCUGGACGAGUCACCCAUCCCCUCACCCUCUGCAGAUGCACCGUCUCCAACGGGCUCAGAGUCCCCUUUCCGGGGUCUGGAAUUGGCCCGCCCCGAUCCAGAUCUUGAUGGCUGUGCUAUGGAUGAGGAGGCAGAGCCACCGGCCCCGAGCCCUCUGUCCUCACCGGGAGGAUCCCCCAAACGCAAAGAGACUCUCGGGGAGAAUGAUAACCGUGAAGUGGAAGACAUGGAGCUCUCUGAGGAAGAAAUGGACGGCAGUGGCAUUAUAGUUGAGGAGCAGAUCGAAAGCACCACCCACCCAAAGGUGUCCACUGCAAAAACGGAGCCAUCGGUGGCGACAGAGCAGCCUGUCACACAGGUCACACCCCUAGUAGCGACUCCUGUAGCAGCUCCUUCAGUAGCAGCAGUGGAAAGUGUUGACCUGGGUAAAAUUAGCUCCAUCCUCAACAGUUUGAAUUCAGUCAUGAAAAACACAGGACCAUUAGUGGAGAGUCCUCCUGCAGCUGCCCCUGCCCCUGCCCCUGCCCCUGCCGGCUCCUCAUUGAAGACUACACCUGCUGCCUCUGUGGCCUCGCAGGAUGCUAGUUCACUGGUGAACCUCCUCUCCAAGGUGGACAUGAGUCCUGCAGACCUCCUCGGCGCUCUCUCCAAAGUCCAGGGCCAAACCAGUCUUGAGGGUAUAACUUCUCUUCUGAGUAGCCCAGCUGCAAAUGUAUCCUCAGACUCCUCCAGUACAGGCAAGAUUCCUCCCUCAUCCACAUCUGCACCAGUAGUGCCCUCUCAGAGCCCGUCUCUCUCCUCUGAUGCACCUGUGCCUUCCUCACACACCUCCACUGUAAGGCAGAGCACAAGCUCCCAAGCGCCCCCCCAAACUUCUAUCCCAGCCUCUGCCCUGGUCCAGGCUCUCCAUAGAGACAUGGAUUUGACAACCGAGCCAGAACCGUCCAUAUCUUCUAACAGUUUAGAGUCUAAAAUCCACAACUUCCUGCAGGGGAACCCUGCCUUCAAUGCAUUUGGCUUAGGUCUUUCUACCAACCUCAGCCCAGUAACUGGGACAGACACCCAGGGUGGGACCCCAGUGUGGGAUGAGGGCGGAGGCACUCCAACUCAAGAUGAGAUCAUGGACAAGCCUGUGGUGGUCCCGUUACUUUCUACCCCAAAUCAGCCAUCGAGUGCAGAAACGGUUAACAGUGCUCCUAUUACAUACCAGAACAGCAGUCAGCAGAACCACAACAAUCCCCAACAGCAAGCUUACAUGCAGCCAGGUGUGGCUCAGAAUGGGCAGGUCUACCAGAUGUCAGAGCAUGGGAUUACUGCACCUGCUGCACAAUACCAGCAGAUUUCUGCACAAACAGGAGGGCCAGUGCCUGGAAAAAGAGCCACAGGCAGUGCAUGUAGCACUCAUAUUGAAGGCUUUCAGGGGGUGAGUGAAAGGGGUUGGUAUGGUGACACUUACCCAGAGGGGAACUCUCAGCAAAGAGGCUACAAUUUGACAGCACCUGGAGGCGCUGGAGAAAACAAGGCAUCGGGACUUUAUCCAUACCAAACCGAGACAUUUCAGGAACCUCAAGAGUUGGCCUCCCAGCAGGGCGCCACCACAUCCCCUGGUUUCUUCAGAAGCACCCUCCCUCCUGUCCCAAAGCUCCCUCCCCCUCCUCCUGUCUUUGCCGCCCCUCCUUCCACGACCAGCAGUAUGAUGAUGCCGGCAGUGCAGCAGCCGGUGCCUGGCGCUGGCACAGGGGAGGUGAUUGGGGCCAGAGUCGACAGUGUCAUCAGUGGGAUGGUGGUCCACGACCAUCAACACAAAUCCAUGUUUCAUCCUGAUGAUUCGCUGUUUGAUCUUGACCGACCUCGCCCUCCUCCCCCUGAGGAUUUUCACCCUCACCCAGACGGCCCACGUCAUCAUGAGCUUCGUCAUCAUGAUGCCCUUUUCUUUCAAGACGACCCUUACCGCCACCCAGAUGAUCCCUAUUACAGGCCAGGCAGCCCUCCGCACCACUACCCCAGAGUUCAAGAGCGCCUCACUCCCCCUUUCUCACCCUCAGAGGACCCCUACUAUGCCCAUGACUACCAGCGGCACAGCCCCCCUCCUCCGCACUACACUCCAAGGAGACCACCACCACCACGUCAUUUUGAAAUCCGUCAUCCUGGUCUACGGCCUCCACAUCGGCCUCCCCACCCAGCACACCACCCGCACCCCAGAGGACCUCCACGUGGACCAUUUCCUCGGUUCCACGGCCCCGAUCCAAGGUUAAGAGGCAAACGUCCAGGUCCAAGAGGAGGCGGAAAUCCUGGGCCAAUGUUCCCCCCGAAAAGACCCUUUCCACCCCCACGGUACUGACAGGACAUUUAGCUUUGAGCUCUUUAAAUCACUGUGGAUGUCAUGAAGGCAGGGGCAGGGCAUUUAAGACUGUUCAGUAACUUCUAGUCACUCAGUGUUGAGGUCCACAUCUUGCCAUGAGAAACCUGUGAAAAUCUGGGUGGAUAAAAGUGCAUAUACUGAUGUGGGCAUCAGGAGACAAGGUUAUACUGAAGAAGAAUUAAUUCAGCAGCUACCAGGAGAAAAGUGUGAAUGGCAGAAGAAUAUAGGAUGUUGAGGAGAACAAGAGACAACACCAGGAGAUGGAAAAGAAAUCGGAGGCUCUGAGAGGGCUGCUGAGCUGAAGAGUGAAGACAGAAGAUUAAAGAAAAUAAGAGGUGGAUAUAUAUAUAUAUAUAUUAUUCACUUUUUGUGUUAUUUGCUACAGUAUGAAGCAUUGCAUUACAUAUGUAAUAGAGCGUCAGUUUGAUAAAGGUCAGCGUGUGUGCAUGCUCUCAAGUGUAAGUUAACUAGUCACAGAAAUUGAACCUAACGAUAGUUAUUUUUGCUAAGAGAGUAACAAAAGAAUCUAGUUGGUGCAAUGUUUCUGCUGUUAAUUAGUUUUUCAGUGAGCAGUUUUGACUGCUUCUCUUCAUAUCAGCAGUUUCCCAGUAGCCUUUGGUUAAACUUCAAUUUAAAUUUAAUCACUUUGGGUAGGAAAAACAGAGUGUAUGUUAUAGAAUUUAUGUUCCUUCUAUAAUACUCAUUAGCAUAUUUAGGGAGGUUAUUUUUCAUUGUUCCAACUCCGAAUGUUAUAUAUUUGUGAAGCGAUGCUUUCUCCACCAGUGCGUAAGUUCCCUCCGGCGAUAGUUUUACGUCUCGUUGAGUUCCUUGAAGGAGAGCGGCACAUACGGCACUACUCAAAUGGAGAGAGAGGUGUGAGAGUUAUUUUUUUUCUGCCUCCAACACCGACCCGGAAGAAGUGCAUUUUUGGAGGAGAUGAAGAUACUCGUCUUCAGUUUCGUUUUACUUGUACUGACUAAUAAAAAUCUGAGUUUGAAAAA